AUGCCCCGCACCGUCGAAAGCCUCAUCAAAGAGAACGAACGCCUCUCCGAGAGCUCCGAGUGGAACGCGACAGGUUUAGAUGACCAGCGGCGAAGAAAAGACAGGAGUUCGGCAAGCUGCAGAGUGAGAACGGGAGGGUCGAUUGCGAGAUUGCGGACCUCAGCUGAAGGCUCCCCGGCUUCUGAGGAUAUUAUGCACGAGUCUGCUGAAAAAGCAAUCGUCAGGGCUCCAGAACCAGACAUUUGGCAACAGACAAGCUCCGACGAGGAGUUCAGACCGUACCGGUCAUCUACAAAGACUCGGAAUCGUGCAAGGGGACCUUCCGAAACACCACCAGAGUCUGAUUCAGAGAUCCCAAGGCUAAUAAGUCUCGCUAGACGUUCUCGUGCCUCAAGUUCCGUUCCGAAUUGUCGAGCGAGUGUGUAUGGUCCCGAAGGAGACAACGACCUUACGUCGCGUUGGAACCCAGGAAUCGACUUCAUGUUAUUUACCUGA